GACUUUGGCUCUACUUGGAUGAAAAUCGGUGAAACAAGGAGCAGAGGGAUACGCACAUAAUAUAUUAUAUAUCGAAGGGCAAAGAUCGGGAAAUACAAAAGUAUAGUAUAACGAGGGAAUAAUGGAGCUGAGGAUGCCGUACUACAAUUGGAACGGCAGCAACGUUGUUGUCGCGGGGACGGAGGCUCGGAUCCAGGCGGGAGGGCCACCGAGGAUGCUCGGCUGGAACGUGCGUCCCGAGGAGCUCCAGCACAUACCCGAGCACUGGCUCUCGUAUCCCGAGCCAAAUCCGGCGCUCCACUACAUGCUGGCGUUGCUCUAUGUCCUCUUCACCUUCAUCUCGCUUCUCGGCAACGGCGUCGUCAUCUGGGUGUUUUGCGCGGCGAAAUCGCUGAGAACGCCGUCCAACAUGUUCGUGAUAAACCUGGCGCUGUGCGACUUCAUGAUGAUGCUGAAGACCCCGGUCUUCAUAUACAACUCUUUCCACACAGGCUUCGAGCUUGGUAACCUCGGCUGUCAAAUUUACGGGGUCGUCGGCACGUUGACGGGCAUCGGUGCAGCCACUACCAACGCGGCCAUUGCUUACGACCGUUACAGUACAAUAGCCCGACCGCUCGAUGGAAAACUGUCACGCGGCCAGGUGCUGUUGAUCAUCGUGGCGCUCUGGACGUACGUGAUCCCGUGGGCCCUGAUGCCCUCGAUGGGCGUCUGGGGUCGCUUCGUGCCCGAGGGUUUUCUCACGAGUUGCACCUUCGACUACCUCACGGACUCGGACGAAACGCGCUACUUUGUCGCUACCAUCUUUGUCUUCUCCUACUGCAUCCCCAUGAGCAUGAUCAUCUUCUUCUACAGUCGAAUCGUCGGCCACGUCAUGGACCACGAGAAGGCCCUGCGCGAACAGGCCAAGAAGAUGAAUGUCGAAAGUCUGAGGAGCAACCAGGGCCAACAGAACCAGUCGGCCGAAGUUCGCAUCGCCAAGGUCUCCUUAUAA